AUGAGCAAUCUACGCGCUCAAAAGCGUCUGGCCUCGGCUGUAUUCGGUUGUGGAAAAAAAAAGAUUUGGCUAGAUCCCAAUGAAACUGCGACCAUUCAAAAUGCCAACUCGCGUAAAAUGAUACGGAAGUUGUUUAAAGAUAACUUGAUUAUUCGAAAACCCGUGACAGUCCAUUCUCGUUCUCGGUGCAGAAAAAACUUGAUUGCACGUAGAAAAGGUCGUCACUCGGGAAUGGGUAAAAGGAAAGGUACAGCAGAUGCACGCAUGCCUCAGAAAGUCCUAUGGAUGAGGCGAAUGAGAGUUCUUAGGCGUUUACUGAAACGGUAUCGAGAGGCUCACAAAAUCGAUAAACAUCUGUACCACUUAUUAUAUCAACAAUGCAAAGGGAACCAAUUUAAAAAUAAAAGAGUUCUCAUUGAUCAUAUUCACAAGAAAAAGGCAGAACGGCUCCGAGCAAAACAACUCAGUGAUCAGGCAGAAGCACUGCGUCAGAGAAAGCGUGAGUCACGGAUAAACCGUCAACACAGGCUCGAAGAGCGAAAAAAGGCCGUUAUUGAGAGCUUUAAUGCAGCAGUUGCUAAACCCACAACUCCAGUCGCUCAAAAGCCCACCCCUUCAGUGGAAACUAAACCUAAGGUAGAAGUUAAGACAACUCCGGCCCCUGCACCAGCACCAGUGGUUACGCCGGCGUCUCAGCCGUCUGUUGCAAAGGUAGAAGUUCCAACAAAACCUGCACCUCCGAAAGUGUCGUCGAAAGUUGCACCGCCACCAAAAAUCCCAACUGCUAAAACUCCUGCAGCUCCACCUAAAAUACCUGAACCUGGUUCAGCCAAGUCAACGUCUUCUAAAAAGCCUGCCAAGCGUUAG